ACAAUAAGACUAAGUGCCAAUUUCUCAUCAGAAACCAUGGUGAUGAGAAGGCAGUGGUAUGACAUAUUUAAGAUACUGGAAGAGGCCCAGUAUGUAGGUGCCAGGCGGCUGCCAUGAACUCCGGAGCCAUGAGGAUUCAUAGCAAAGGACAUUUCCAGGGUGGAAUCCAAGUCAAAAAUGAAAAAAGCAGAACAUCUUUGAAAUCUCUAAAAACCGAUAAUAACAAACCAGAAAAAUCCAAAUAUAAGCCACUUUGGGGAAAAGUAUUUUACCUGGACAUACCUUCUGUCUCAAUAUCUGAAAGACUGCAAAAAGACAUUAAAGAUCUUGGAGGGCGGGUUGAAGAAUUUCUGAGCAGAGAUAUCAGUUAUCUUAUUUCAAAUAAAAAGGAAGCUAAAUUUGCACAGUCCUUGGGUAGAAUUUCUCCUAUACCAAGUCCAGAAUCUGUGUAUACUGCAGAAACCACUUCACCUCAUCCCAGCCAUGAUGGAAGUUCAUUUAAGUCUCCAGACUCAGUGUGUUUAAGCAGAGGAAAAUUAUUAGCUGAAAAAGCUAUCAAGGACCAUGAGUUUAUUCCUUCAAAUAGUAUAUUAUCAAAUGCCUUAUCAUGGGGAGUAAAAAUUCUUCAUAUUGACAUCAGAUACUACAUUGAAUAAAAGAAAAAAGAAUUGCAUUUACUCAAGAAAUCAAGCACUUCUGUAAGAGAUGUGGCAAAAAGAGCUGGUACACAGAAAACAAGAACAGGUAGACUGAAAAAGCCUUUUGUAAAGGUGGAAGAUAUGAGUCAA